CUUUGGAGUUCUAGGAGGGAUGUGGGCUGGGCUCAGGGAGCUAGUAGUUCAUAAAACAGCAGAAAUUCUGCCCUGAGCGGAGCAUUCUGGCAGUUGACACUAUGAAGGGGACACUCCUCGUGCUGACCUUGCUGGUGACCCAAGACCUGGGCAUCGAAAUGGCGAAAGCCUGCCCUCUUUUCUAUUCGGUCUUUGGUACUUUGGCCAUUGGAAAGGAGCUUCCGCUGAACACGGCCCUUAGACUAGCCAAUGCUACUGAAGCAGAAAAAGCAGCCAUGGGAAAAAUCCAGGACUGCUACAAUGAGAAGGGACUCGAUGCCAAGAUAUUGGAUUUGAUUGUCAUGACUACCAUCACCACCAGCAAGAAAUGCAUCUAUGAAGCAGUGGACUCAUUGAAGGAGACCUUCCACAUAGCCCCUUUGGGGAGAUGAAUCUUUGCCACCAAUGCCCGAUCUGAGCUCCAUCCUCCCGCUCCUUUCUUCAUACCUGAAGCUGGAAUCCAGACACCUAUCUUUGCCUAAUUCAUCUUUAGCAGGCUGGCUGUAAUAAAAUAACUGCAGUGUA